AUGGAUGUCCCUCAUGAUCCUGUUCAAAGACCUGUAAGGGAGGUGAGACCGAUGAGGAAGUCUAUAACAGUUCAAAAAAAGAUUAAAAGUAAAAGUGAACAAAAACCUGAAAAUGUUAAAAAUUUUUCCAAAGAACUACAAUCUCGAAUUGAUCUGUUUACAUCCUACAGAAGAAAGGGUCCUAGAAAUCAAUCGUCUCUUCCUCAGAAUGUUGUCUGUGAGCAACUGUGCCAGAUUGAGGAGCGUAAACUGUAUGAAAUUUUACGUUCGGAAUAUGAAAAGGACAAAAAAGCUCGUAUAAUACUUGAAAAGAAGAUUAAUAGCUUGAAGACAAAGCAGGCAGAACAGCUCUCGGAUCUUCGCCAAAAAAUGCUUCUCUUAACAUUAAACACUAGUUCUCAUCGUCCUAAUGCCUCACAAACUGACCCAUUGUUGAGUCAUUCAGAAAAACAUGUUGAAAGCAAGGAUACGCAAACAAUCGAAAUUUAUACUCCAGAUAUGGCUAGCUCUGUGAUGAGACAAGCGAAAGAUGAUCUUCUUACUGCUUUUGUAACCGAACUACAAAAAGCUAAAUCAAACGCUGAAUGUGAUUUACGUUUCACAGUUGCAAGUUUAGAACAAAGGCUGGCAAUGGAUAAGGACUUUGAGAUUCGAAAAUUAGAAGCUAUUAAUGAAAGAAAACUCAUUGAACAGGAGUCGAAUCACGAGAAUGAAGUUCAGAAAUUGAAAUAUCAGAAUUCCGUUGAAAUACAAGAUUUACAAGGGAAAAUAGACUAUUUACAAUCGGAACUGAACUCCGUUCGCGAAACCAAUGAGGAGCUGGUCAGAGAGUUGCAAGACACACGAGAUCGUGUUACGGGCCAAUCAAAAUCAUAUUCUCGGUUGCAAAUUCAACUGGAGGAUACAAUAAAGGAGAUGAAUAAAUUGAAGGAAUACAAGGAAACGUAUCAGAGAGAUAUGAGACAUGUGGAACGCUACCAAAAAGAAGCAGCUAAAUAUAAAGAUAUCAACCAGAUUAUCCUUGGUGAAUUUGCUAUGCUUGAGAAAGAACGUGACGCUCUGGUGGCUCAACUUGAACGUGGAGUGGCGCAGAUGGAGAGGCUGAAUGGUCAACGCUAUUUGGAUUUAAGAAAUCGAACCGAUGAAAUUGAACGAACUUUAUUAGGAACAUAUGAGAAAUCAAAGAAAAACGAUAAAUAA